ACCCUCCAAUAGUCGCCCCUUUGCCUCCAACUCCUCGCUUGCUUCUUCCUCCUCCUCUCUUGCACUCAUCAAAUUUUCUACGGUUUCGCUCCCCAUAAAUAUGAAAUCUUCCCCCCUGUGAGGCGGAAUUGCGGACCCAGAUGGCUUCUUCGUUUCAGGUCGUCAAGUCCACCCUGACGGCAGUCUCUGCUUCGGUACCCAGAACGAAAUUCGGCGCUCCGGGGCUGAGGAGCGGCGGCGGCUGUUGCUGCUGGAGCCCCCCGCCGCGGGUCGUGAGGGAAGGAACGUUGAGGGUGUCGUGUAAAGCUCAGGAAGGGGACAAGCAGAGUAGCGGAGCCGGUGAAGAACCUCCGGAAUCAUUGUUUAUCAAAGAAUUACGGAGGAGAGGCAUGACUCCUACUUCAAUCCUUGAAGAAAGUAAGAGGAUAAAUGAGGGUUCAGAUGAUGGGUUCCAAGGAGAGAGGGAUUUCUCGAGAAGCAAUGCAGUGUCUACAGACCCUGGAACCAAUUUAACCAAUCAAAGGGAGCAGUCCAUGGCAUUGAACAGUGAGGGCCUCGAGGGCCUAAUUCCUCGGGCUAAACUAUUGCUGACCAUAGGGAGCACGUUCUUUCUGGGAUUUGGCCCAUUGAUUCUUAUAACCGUGGCAUUUUUUUCUGUUCUGUAUCUUUACUUUGGACCAACGUUCAUCCAUGAUGCAAGUAAGAUGCAAAUGUCGCCUCCGCAGUACAUCGACCCAUAUGAACUGUUGGAAGAUGAAAGGAUAUCCCAAAUGGCUCCUCCUGUCAAGUGAAAAGGGAUGCACAUGUUUGUGGUUGCUCCUUCUAGGCUUACAGAUCUCUGGAGCCUAUUCGAUGCCCAUGUUUAUUCUCACCCACAUUCUCUUUGUAAAUCCUCCGUAUCGAGAAAGAACCUGGAGCAUGAACAGAUUUACACCCUGUUGGUGGUUACUUUACUGUACACUUCACAAGCUGUUGGAUAUUUUUCGAUUUCCUGCAAUGUUUUGCAAAGAUGAUGUAAUUAUUUGACACUCGAUUCUAUGCUCAGUGGCUAAAAUCCCGAGAAGCUGCGUCUAUGCUCCCGGGGCCUGCCUUUGAA